UCAGCAUCAACAUCACAACAUGAGUAUACACAUGUGACAAUGUCGUCACGAAUGGCUCCAGUUCGACGAGCGAUAGCGACAGCGGUAACAAGCGAGGACUCUGUAGACAAUGACGGCGCAGUGAAGAAGAGGAGCCAGCUUCCACAGCUGACUCCGCGCUCGCUCAAGACGACCAAAGAAGUUUCUGCUUCGAGUUUGCCAACGUCGAGUCCUACAAGGUCGGCUAUAGCGGUGCCAGCGAGGGCGAGGGAGGACAAGACUGCCAUGCCACCCCCUGCUGCUCCCCUGACACGCACCAAGACCGUCCGGACUCGCCCCAUAUCUCAAGCCCCACCACCCACUACUAGUACAGCUACAAGAUCUGGACUAGUUGCACCCUCACGACCGCUUUCGACUCGAGCACUGACUCCAGCUUCGACGACCACCGCUCCGAAGCCCCGUGUGCCGUCACAUUCUCGCACGGGCAGUACUUCGACUAUCGCAGCCUCAAGCACAGGCGACUCUACUCUGAGGCGGUCGGCUACGAUCAAUCCAAGCCGCCAUCUCCGGUCGCAGAGCUCGACGACCACCGGACUCAAGUCCAGGCUGACCACUCCCUCCACACCGUCUACACCAACUUCGGAAAAGAGUAGCGCAGACCCGGGCAAGCCUCUGCUUAGACGCCUUGUAAGACCGGGUGCUGCAUUGGGUGUACCAAGCCUAGAGCCUCCGAGACCAACGUUCAGUACACUUCAGCAACAUUACAGUCCUGCCAAAACAACCCUACCGAAACCACCUGUACCCUCGUCACGAGCUGCACCGUCUGCUGAAGAAAAGGCGCUUCACUCUGGUGCUGUCUUUGAGACUACCAAAUUACAGUCUGAACUUCUAUAUCUAUCAAUACUCCACGAGGCUGCCGGGCCAAACUUGCGAAGCUAUGAGAAGAGCGCUACAAACGCACUUCGGGCCGAAUUUGAGGAUGCAAAACAAGAGGUGGUAAACAUACGAGAGGAGGAACGUACAUUUCAAGAACAAGGGAAUCUUGCUGCUAUAGCAGAGUGGCUGGGGAUACAAGGGGCACACAUAGGCCCCGAGGCUGCAGAGAUGAUACAGAGUCUGAGCGGCUGCUUCAACGAGCUUACGAUGCUUUCAGCGCCGGAGAGCAAGUACACGGCACUGGUGCACACCUUUUCAGAAUGGGCAUCCGAGGCUACGGAACAAGACCGGGCGCACAUCUUCUCGGGUCCUCUGCCUCAGGACUGGCAUCACCUGCAUGCAUCGAUUACGCAACGUUUGCGGCUGGUGGAAAGAGAGGUCGAAAUGCUACCAUCGGCACCGCCUCGGACGGCUGGAGAUGGCAUAGAGUCGUCUUUGGCCAUUACUUUGCGAUGCUUAAAAGACUUGGUCACAGGCAUGAAAGAAGAAUUGGAAGCUAUGGUGCGACUGGAACAGCAGGUCGUGAGCACUGAAAAGCAGCGUGUGGACAAGGCUGUGGCUGGCUUGUCUAUGGACGCUCUCUUGCAGACUUCAGAAGAGUGGACGGCUGCUUGGUAAAAUGUGCGAGUAAUCAUAGGUGACCCUGGCCUUGACAGCGGAAAUGAAGCCGACACAAGUCGAUGACGUAGUGACGGUCCUAGACCAAAUCAUAAACAGAAGCAUUGUCAG